UGUAUUUAAAAGUGUAUCUAGCCAAAGACUUUUUUUUGUCUUUAUAAAGUCAAGUAAGGGUCUGGAGAGAAUGCUUUUCGGCCUCUAUGCUGACUGCUCGGAAGACCUUUGUCUUUGCUAAAAACCCGGCCCAGGAUGCGAGCCAGGGCUCAGAGACGCUGCGCCUGCUGCCACGUCUGCUUUCGGUUUCUGGGCGUCUCCAUUUUGCGGACCCUAAAGCACGCAGCGAAGUCUCUGAGACCUGAGCCUCUCAAGCGGCCACUUAGGGCCGGACAGGAUUGUGGAAUUCAGCAAUGGCCUCGAUUCAGUUUUGGUGAAAUGGCGGCCAUUCUCAUCUUCUCGGAGCCCUUCUCUUUGCUCACACUCGCGAUUCUGCCCCCGCAAGAGUACUCUGGGGACGUCCUUAUCGCUGGGAGAGAGCGGUCGCAUCUCAUUCCUGAACCUGUUGGGCUCGCUGGGCGCGUCACCUGGCUAGCAGCUUGGGCCAGCUCCGCAGGCUAACUUUCCUGGACGCCUACUGAAGAGUCUGCUCCUCUCUGUGUUCUUUCCAGUGUCUCGUUCGAUCCAGUUUUCUGGUGGUCUCCAGCGAAGACAGGCGACAAAGCCGUUGUUGAGUGGGAUGGGCCGGCGACCGCCCGGUAGUGUCUCUAUUGCAAGAACUCUGAGAGAAAUGAAGAGAGUCCUCAGCAAUGAUGUUGGCUUCUCGUGGUUCCCAGAGCCCUGCUUAAUGGAUGGAGACUGGACGAGAACCUGGCUGCUGUGGUUCUGAACAUGGCCCAGAGCCCUGUGUCUGCCGAGGUCAUUCACCAGGUGGAAGAGUGUCUUGAUGAAGACGAGAAGGAGAUGAUGCUCUUCCUGUGUAGAGAUGUGACUGAGAACCUGGCUGCACCUAACGUCAGGGACCUCCUGGAUAGCUUAAGUGAGAGAGGCCAGCUCUCUUUUGCUACCUUGGCUGAAUUGCUCUACAGAGUGAGGCGGUUUGACCUUCUCAAGAGGAUCUUGAAGACAGACAAAGCAACCGUGGAGGACCACCUGCGCAGAAACCCUCACCUGGUUUCUGAUUAUAGGGUCCUGCUGAUGGAGAUUGGUGAGAGCUUAGAUCAGAACGAUGUAUCCUCCUUAGUUUUCCUUACAAGGGAUUACACAGGCAGAGGCAAGAUAGCCAAGGACAAGAGUUUCUUGGAUCUGGUGAUUGAAUUGGAGAAACUGAAUCUAAUUGCUUCAGACCAAUUGAAUUUGUUAGAAAAAUGCCUGAAGAACAUCCACAGAAUAGACUUGAACACAAAGAUCCAGAAGUACACCCAGUCCAGCCAAGGAGCAAGAUCAAAUAUGAAUACUCUCCAGGCUUCGCUCCCAAAAUUGAGUAUCAAGUAUAACUCAAGGCUCCAGAAUGGGCGAAGUAAAGAGCCAAGAUUUGUGGAAUACCGUGACAGUCAAAGAACACUGGUGAAGACAUCCAUCCAGGAAUCAGGAGCUUUUUUACCUCCGCACAUCCGUGAAGAGACUUACAGGAUGCAGAGCAAGCCCCUAGGAAUCUGCUUGAUCAUUGAUUGUAUUGGCAACGACACAAAAUAUCUUCAAGAGACCUUCACUUCCCUGGGCUAUCAUAUCCAGCUUUUCUUGUUUCCCAAGUCACAUGACAUAACCCAGAUUGUUCGCCGAUAUGCAAGUAUGGCCCAACAUCAAGACUAUGACAGCUUUGCAUGUGUUCUGGUGAGCCUAGGAGGCUCCCAAAGCAUGAUGGGCAGAGAUCAAGUUCACUCAGGGUUCUCCUUGGAUCAUGUCAAGAACAUGUUCACGGGGGACACGUGCCCUUCUCUCAGAGGGAAGCCAAAGCUCUUUUUUAUUCAGAACUAUGAGUCGUUAGGUAGCCAGUUGGAAGAUAGCAGCCUGGAGGUAGAUGGGCCAUCAAUAAAAAAUGUGGACUCUAAGCCCCUGCAACCCAGACACUGCACAACUCACCCAGAAGCUGAUAUCUUUUGGAGCCUGUGCACAGCAGACGUAUCUCACUUGGAGAAGCCCUCCAGCUCAUCCUCUGUGUAUCUGCAGAAGCUCUCCCAGCAGCUGAAGCAAGGCAGGAGACGCCCACUCGUGGACCUCCACGUUGAACUCAUGGACAAAGUGUAUGCGUGGAACAGUGGUGUUUCGUCUAAGGAGAAAUACAGCCUCAGCCUGCAGCACACUCUGAGGAAGAAACUCAUCCUGGCUCCUACGUGAGAACCCCAGACCGUUGGUGUUCUUGGUAUAUCAUCCAGGGUGGCGGCUUGGAGCAGAGCUUGGCGGUUACGGCUGCUUCUGGCUGCUUCUGGCUCUGCCGUGAGUCCUGGCCUAGGGUUCUCCUGUGCACAGGCAUGAGCCGUAACCCUGUGCCUGGGAAACGUCUCACUCCCGCCGCCGUGCCUUUACCUCUCUAAACUUCCCUACUUACAUUCCUUAGUCGGAUGUUUUGCCAGAGUGUGGAGAACAGUAAGACAUAAACCUAUUGUUUGUUUGUUUUUUUGGGGGGGAGGUUAUCUACCAAGUUAUACCAAGUUAUUGUAUGGGUGUAUAGUGUAUAGUGGUUCAAGAUUUGACACUGAAUGUAACUUGAGACUUACCUGAGUUUGUCAUGCGACUGGGUAAAUUGUUUCUAUGGCACAUCUAAUCAUUUAAUAAGUAAUUACCUCAUUAAGUACCCAUUGCUUCAGGACUUUCACAUUGGCCACCAAUUUCUGUGACCCAGCUCCACAUUUAUAUUCUCUUUCUGCAAAACCAAAUUUCAUUAUGUCUGUUUAAUAUCUACAGUCUAAUGCUUUGUAAGACAUCUAGAUAGAAAAAUAGUUACCCAUGAGCACAGGAGGGCUGGCCUGACCCUCACCAGCUGUGCAGUGGCUUCGGUGAAGGAGAAUGAGCCCUACUCCUUGAAGGUUGUAGUGCUUGGGAGAGCAGUCUGUACCUUGCCUGGGCAGCACAGUAGAGCCAGCCCCAAGAACACAACAGUGAGUGGGGGAGCUUGCCCUGGUUGGCUCAGGAUCAGGAACAGGAGGGAUGACCAACUUGGGGCUUUGAGGUGGCCCACCCCAGCAUCCAUAUCAUCUGUGAACUGCCAGAGCCUGUGAAGGGGCGGGUCCUGUAGAACUAAGGCUGCAGGAUCUCCAUGACACAGGGCAACAACAGGGUAUCUGAGAAGGGUCCCCGUGAGGGUCCAGUAUUUAUAGUGCACCAGAAGCCAGAGGCCUCGGAUCAGACAAUGACCCAUUGCACUGAGUAAAGAUGUAAGUGAAUGAGUGAAGAUGUGUGGGCACACGGAAAUACUGAGGGACACACACAAGCUUUUAUGGAGAUGUUUGUUUGUUUGUUUGUUUGUUUUUUGUUUCUUUGGCAGGAACAGAUUGCAAGGGCAGAGAGUAGAUAAGGAAGCUGGAGACAUGAGUGGGGUUGGGUGCAUGAUAUAGAAUUCACAAAGAAUCAAAAAAAAAAACUUAAAAAAAUGGUUGCCUAGUGAGAUUACUUAUUUAUAAUUUAUAUAGCUAGCUUUUUUUGUAACAAGAGCAAAUAGAAUUUAUUUAUUUAUUAAAUACAUUUGAAGCAAGGUUGUAACGUACGUAGCAAAACUCCUGCCAUACCAGUACUAGCGUGGGGGAGGCCAAAGGAUCACAUGUUCUGAACCAGUCUAGGUAUGUAGUAGCUGUGUAAUGAGAUUGUGUGUUUGCCUGCUUGUGAGAGAGAGGAGAGAGAUAAAUUCCAAAACAUGUAACAUGGUAUAAUUUUAUUAGCUGCUAUAAAACAUGGUUAUUUUACUUUGUAUACUCUUGAGUAACCUAAUAGUAUAAUCUAUCUGUAUUUGAGGAUAGUAGUCAAACCCCUCCCCUCAGGGUUUAGGGACCUGUUCUGAAGAGGAGGCAGAAAGACUGUGAGAGCCAGAGGUGGUGAAGGGCUCCAGGGAAGCCGCAUCUUCCAGACAGAACAGGACCCGUGCACAUGUGGCUGACAGCACAGGUUCAAACCAGACAGAGUCCCAACACUGAGAAAGGGAGACGAAGUUGUGGGCCAUUGUGCUCACACCUGAGCACAGUGGGAAUCAGGAGUGUUCAACCCUCAGGGUUGUCUCGUCAGAGGGAGAGAUGUAUAACCUGUUUCUGCCCAGAAGGCAGGAACAAUGUGAUUCGUAGCUGGUGGUCUCUGCACUAUUUGUACCACCAAGCCACACCGCCUCCCUCAGACUCAAGUUCAUGUCAGUCAAUCGGCAGUCUGCCCUCCCUGCCAACCUCAUCAGGACCACUGUUUUCCCUGAGCCUGCUUCCUCAGUUAAUUCAGAGAACCUAUCUGUAUGCAAGAUGUUGCUUGUACUCUACAAGAGUUUCAGUAUAGCCAUCUCCUAAGCUUUUCUGUACACACAGGACUGAUUAAUUAUCACCAGAAACUAUUUUGAAAUUGUGCUGUGCCUAAAAUAAACUACUUGGUGCUAGACUCCAGAAGUUUGGACAAAAACUGUCCACUGAGUCACGUUGAGACAGACUUUCUUCUUGCUUCUCUUGGAUCAACACCCUGCUGGUUAAGGUGUUUGCAGAGAUCCCCACGAAGGGGAGGUUGUGCAGUAGAUAGCUGCUGAGAAAGGGAAGUCAGCUUUCUCCAGUGGAGUGUUAUUGGACAUAUCCAUUACCCGUCAGGGCAGGCCCCAGACCCAGGAGUAAUUGGCUAACAUAAAAUGGACUCUGUGUGCUUGUCUUUUUAUUGAUUUUCUUUCUUUCUUUCUUUCUUUCUUUCUUUCUUUCUUUCUUUCUUUCUUUCUUUCUUUCUUUCCUUCCUUCCUUCCUUCCUUCCUUCCUUCCUUCCUUGUUUUGUUUUGUUUUUGUUUUUUUGAGACAGGGUUUCUCUGUAUAGCCCUGGCUGUCCUGGAACUCACUUUGUAGACCAGGCUGACCUCGAACUAACUCUCUCUCUCUCUCUCUCUCUCUCGUUUGUUUGCUUUGCUGUUCAAGUUUUUUCGUUUUUUGAGAGAGAGAGAGGGAGCGCAAGAGAACAUGAAGUUAUAUGAGUGGGGGUGGGUGAAAUGGGGAGGAUAGGGAAGAGCAGGGAGGGAAAAAGAGCAUCCCACGGGACUGUUUCAAGGACCAAGUGUGAGGGGCUUUACAACCAUUUUUGAGCUGUGCUCUUAAUUAGUUAUAUCAUUAAUUGUAUCAUUAGACCACAGUGUAACGGGGCUGUUUUGGAAGGACUGAGUCAAACUUUGAAAAGCUGAUGGGACUUGGCAGGUGGUGAUAGAGAAGAGAGCGUAAGUCAAGGGAAGGAGCCAACGGGAGCUGCACAGUGAGCUUUAGAGACCUCAAGAGUGACUUUUAGCUGGGGCAGAUGUGCACAGUGAUGGUGUCAGUGAUGGAUGGUGUCAGGAGGUGGAUGUGGUCCUGGUGUGGAGAAGGCCCCACUUUUUUCCCUUAGCUAGUUGUCUAGUAAGAUAUUUCUCGGGGCUGGUGAGAUGGCUCAGUGGGUAAGAGCACCCGACUGCUCUUCCAAAGGUCCAGAGUUCAAAUCCCAGCAACCACAUGGUGGCUCACAACCAUCUGUAACAAGAUCUGACUCCCUCUUCUGGAGUGUCUGAAGACAGCUACAGUGUACUUACAUAUAAUAAUAAAUAAGUCUUUAAAAAAAAAAAGAUAUUUCUCCUUACUUUCAUAGUAGGAUCUUUGGUUACUUCUUUGUUCCUUUUGUAGACAGAAUUGAGAUUUUUGUUUUUCACCGACUUUGGGGUUUUUUCUGAAAUAUUUUAGACAUAUUAAAAGAUAAUUAUGUAUGGAAGACAAUGAAUACCUGUUUUAAAUAAAAUGUUCUAAACUUGUAUGUGAAUACUCAUAAUAUAGUUCUUUAAGGCACUGAUCUUUAAGUGAUAUAUACCCUAAAAUAUUUCAAACUAAUAGUUAGCCAAGCAUAUGGUUAAGUUUAUAGUUAUGAUGGGCUACCAAGAGAUUCUGUCACUAUUAACAUUUUAUGUAUAAAUAAGAACAUAUAUUAAUUAACAGGCAUUUAAACACUUGGUCUCCAGGUGUGCUGUUUGAAAGGUGUGGCCUCGCUAGAGGAACUGUUACUGGGGGACAGGGACAGGCUUUGAGGUUUCAAAGGCUUAUACCAUUUCCAGUUUGCUCUGUAUUUAUUGAAUAUACUAUUGUAUAAUGUAUAUCAUAUUGUAUAUAUUGUAAUAUAUAUAAAAAUAUUUAUUGGAGGUAAAAUGAGAAAACUGAGAAGCAUGUAUUCCACAUGUGUGCUCUGUGGAGGACAUUUCAUAUUCAGAUUGUAACCGUAGAUGUUAUGGCUGGAGUUCUAACUCUCACAGCUAUGGAGAUAAUAUACAGUAGGAGGUAGCUGAGUGGUGAACAAGAGACAGAAUCAGCCAGGCAUGGCAGUUCCUACAGAGGCAGGAGGAUUGCCACAAGUUUGAGGCCAGACUGUGUCAUGCUCCAUCCCUGGUGAAAAGGGAGCAGAAUUAACAAACUGCCCCAGAUUACCCUUGGACAUGAAGGGAAAUAACGGGAUUUAGGGGCAGCAAGAUGGCUCGCUCAGUGGUAAAGGUGUUUCCUGCCAGGUCUGAACACUGAAUCCCCAGGAAGGAGUGCUCCAGCGUCAGAAAGCUGUCCACCGAUCUCCGCAAGGGUGCACGACCCAUGCACACACCCACCCACACACACACAGAGAAAACAUUGCCAGGAUGAGGGUCAUUUUAGACACUGUAAUAGUUUGCAUAUUGCACAUCUGUGAUGCUUUGAGUUAAUUUUGUUAAAAGCUAAGAUUCGUUUGCAGAUUUUUUUCAUGAUUUUUGGCUUGUUCUGCAUCAUGUACUGAAAGAGCAUUUUCCAGUGAAUUGCUUUGAUGCUUUUCAGAGGUCAGUGGGUUGUGUUUGCAGGGCCUAUUUGUGAACUUAAUUGUAUUCUGUUGAUUCACUGAUGUGUUAUUUCAGAAUCAUACCAUCUCGGUUGCCAUAGCUUACAUUAAGCCCUGAUGUAAACGAUGCUGGGGGAAUAGAGAGUUCUGCUGGAAUAUGUUUUCUUUUUUGUUCUGUGGGGGGGUCUUUUUUUUUGUUUUAGGGUCUCACUAUGUAACUCACGUGUGGGAUUUAUCUUCUGCCUCUGUCUGCUUGCUGAGAUUCUAGGCAUAAUUGCUCUGUUUCAUUUUAAGGAGUCAUUACAUUAAAGAUUAUUUCUUUUAAAA